AUUCGAAAUGACUGUAUGUUAGUAGCAGACUAAGAGGUAUGAUGAGAAUGCUAUGGUUCAAAAAGUGUCGGAGAUACAUAGAUCCCCGCACUUGUUGAUCCCCCAGGUGAAGGCUUAAAGAGGGCACGCGCUUCGAUCUUUGGCUGAUAAGACAUUCCGUAGCCAUGUUUCCCAGGCAGCCACUGAUAAGAUAAGGGUCCAGGGAUGGCGUCAGCGCCGCAAGUCAUCCAAAGCUGGCACGUUCCUGUUUCAUUGUCCAUGAGCCUAUUCCGAUGUUGCCCGGAGACGAUUCUAUACCUUUCAAACAAAUGAAUAUAUAACUGCAGAGACUCCAUCUCGUCAACCUUGUACAAACUUGCAAGGUCCUUGCGACUUGCACGGACGCGCUCCCUUAUCUUGUCCCCUAUCUUAUCAACUUAACCGUAUCCGGAACCCGCCACGGUCGAGUCAUCCAGGCUGUGACUCAAUCUGACAAAGGCUGAAUCAACUCUUUGCUUCUUGUAUACGGUAUUUAUCAGUCAUCAUUUGCCUCUUAUAUAUCAACUUCAGCAAAUCUCGUUCCGCUUCGUUGUCAAGAAGUGGGCACCAGAAACCGAUAAACAUCAUGUCGGACUUGCGCCGAUCAGCUACGGGAGUCAAGCGUGUCCAUAACCACAAGGCCAAAUGGGCCCAUGGAGCGCGUCAAUAUGGACAGCAAGCUUCCUCUUUUGAUAAAUGGACCAAAGACUCUGCCGGGCCAGUGCGUCUACGUCCUGUACCUCCUACAUCCUCUGCUACACAAUCUGUACUGAGACGCUACAACGAAUCAACCAUCAGAUCGGCCCGUAACGCGAACGAUACAUACUUUCAACACGAUGUCAAGGAAGCGCUGACCAGCGACUCGUCUUCCGAUGAGACGACCAUCCUCCACGAGAGCGCCGCUCCAGAUAACAUGGCGAUCGUCGACGACGAUAUCUCUGCGUAUGCGAUUUCGGGAAACAAUAUCCUCGCAAUCGCCGUCUCCAAGGCCGAAGUCAAGUACGAGAAUAAAGUGACCGAGAAGCUGGCCAAGGAGUACGAGUUUGUUUCGCGGGAGGAUGACCAUGUCACCGGCUACAUCGCCGACGUUGAUGAUUUCGAGAUUAUCGACCACGAAACUGUAUAGAUCUGUACAUGACGGGAAUAUUUCGUUUGCGUUCUUGUUUUAGGUGGCACUGAGCCGCAUCACAGUUUGUAUAUUUCUUUUUUUUGGUUCUGCGUAUAUACCAUCACUGGGCAUCAAGAGAGGAGCGAUCGGCGUUUGAAGUUCCUUGAAGAUUGAGCCUGUAUAUUAUGAUUCAGACAUGGGUUUCUUGUUCUUUUACCUCUUUGUUUUGAGACUUCAACUGUUGCAGUCAGGAUGUUUUAUCGGCUUUUAUCGGUUGUGAUUUGGCACAAGAUUGUAUAGUCAUUCGGAAAUCGAUAGUCAGUUCGUGCCAAAUAUAACUUGUUAGAAACUCGG